AGGAUAUUUCCGGUCACAUGACAGCUCCUCAGACCAGGAAGUGCAGUGUUCGAUGUUGCAUUUGAAAACAAGUGGAAGAGAAGCUGAACGUUCCCUUAGCUGCGGUCGCCUGGAAGCAUCUUCAACAUGGAGGACACACUCUUCCAGCUCAGAUUCACUACGAAGCAGCUUGAGAGACUGGCCAAGAAGGCUGAGAAGGAUUCUGAAAAGGAGCAGGCCAAGGUCAAGAAGGCUCUGCAGCAGAAGAACGUGGAAUGUGCCCGAGUUUAUGCAGAGAACGCCAUCCGGAAAAAGAAUGAAGGUCUUAACUGGCUGCGCAUGGCGUCACGAGUCGACGCUGUGUCCUCUAAAGUCCAGACUGCUGUCACCAUGAAGGGAGUGACCAAAAGCAUGGGCCAGGUGACCAAGGCUCUGGACAAAGCUCUGAGCUCCAUGGACCUGCAGAAGGUCUCUGCCAUUAUGGACAAGUUUGAAACUCAAGUACAGAACCUGGACGUCCACACCUCGGUGAUGGAGGACUCCAUGAGCUCGGCCAUGACGCUGACCACACCUCAGGAGCAGGUGGACGACCUGAUCCACCAGAUCGCAGAGGAGAGCGGCCUGGAGGUGAUGGACCAGCUCAACCAGCUGCCGGCAGGAGCCACCUCUGUGGGCGCUCCGAGCACAGCCAGCCAAGAGAAGGAGGACCAGCUGUCUCGAAGACUCGCUGCUCUACGGAACUGAAGGCUG